AUAAAUCCCAUCUCUCUACCCAGCACAAAAGUGUUUGACUACUCGUCGCUGUACCCCAAGACAAUCUUGAGGUACUACCUUGAUUGUAGUCGACUCUCACUUCUUUGCUCGCCAACAUGGCGACCUCAAUACCCGUCGACCCCACCGUGGGUUCGGCCAAAACCCUCAAACUAGAAAAUACUCACAAUCGAGAUGUCUUGAUCGCAAUAGAAAAGAAGUACCAAAAAGAAUGGCAAGACUCCGGGGUCUUUGAGAGCGAUGCCCCCUCUACCGCAGAUAUUCCCUUCAACUCAGUCCCAGCCGCCGAAAUUCGAGAAAAGCACCCCAAAUACUUUGGCACCUUUGCCUAUCCCUACAUGAAUGGCGCUUUGCACGCGGGUCACAGUUUCACUGUCAGCAAGGUCGAAUUCACCGCCGGCUUCAACCGUCUACAGGGCAAGCGAGUUCUAUUUCCCCUCGGCUUUCACUGCACAGGCAUGCCUAUCAAAGCAUGUGCCGACAAGCUGGUUGAAGAUGUAAAGAAAUUUGGUCAGAAUUUUGAAAACUACAAAGAAGACGAGGAAGACGAGGAGGAGGCCAACGGUGUGCCUGUUGCGCCAGUCCAAGGUGUCGCUGUUAAGGACGACAUUACAAAGUUCAAGAGCAAAAAGGGAAAAGCCGCUGCAAAGACCGUCAAGGCCAACUACCAGUUCCAGACCAUGCUGGCAAUGGGAAUCCCCAAAGAAGAGAUCCACAAGUUCUCAGAUGCAAACUACUGGCUUGAAUAUUUCCCUCCCAUCGCCAAGAACGAUUUGACCGAGUUUGGUGCCAGGAUCGAUUGGAGGAGGCAGUUUGUCACGACCGAUGCGAAUCCUUAUUACGAUGCCUUUGUCCGGUGGCAGAUGAACCGUCUUCACGAGUUGAACAAAAUUCUCUACGGCAAGCGAUAUACAAUUUACAGUCCCAAAGAUGGCCAGCCUUGCAUGGAUCACGACAGAGCAAAGGGUGAAGGAGUUGGUCCCACCGAGUACACAGCAUUGAAACUGAAGGUCAAGGAGUGGUCCGAAGAAGCCUCAAAAUCCGUCGAGGGCAAAAUUCCAAAAGAUGCAAACGUCUAUUUUGUUCCUGCAACACUCAGACCGGAGACCAUGUACGGCCAGACAUGCUGUUUCGUCGGCCCCAAGAUCAAGUAUGGCGUUUUCAAGGUUUCGGAGAAAGAAUACUAUGUGGUCACCAAGAGAGCCGCCUGGAAUAUGGCGUUCCAGGGCAUCUUCUUCGACGAAUCGAAUUUCCCCAGAGAUCAGAGCGAGCUCCAACCUGUGAUUGAGUUGCCCGGCUCUGCUUUCGUUGGCACUUUGGUUGACGCUCCUUUGUCCGUGCAUGUGGAAGGUGUGCGUAUCCUGCCCAUGGAGACGGUAUCCGCCACAAAGGGCACAGGUGUGGUCACUUCUGUUCCAUCUGACAGCCCUGACGAUUAUGCUACGGUGCGAGAAUUGGCAAAGAAAGCUGAAUAUUACGGUAUCAAGAAGGAAUGGGCUGAACUUGAGAUCAUUCCUAUCAUCGAUACCCCAGCAUAUGGCAAUCUGGCAGCCAAAUUCCUGGUUGAAGCAAAGAAGAUCCAGUCACCAAAAGACACGACUCUUCUGGCAGAAGCCAAGGACCAAGCAUACAAGGAGGGUUUCUAUAACGGCACACUGAUCGUUGGCGAGUUCAAAGGCCAGCCAGUUCAAGAAGCAAAGGAUAAGGUCCGAAACUCCUUGAUCAAAGCCGGUCAAGCCUUCCCAUUUGCCGACCCUUCUGCAGAGGUCAUCAGUCGAAGCGCCGAUGAAUGUGUUGUUGCCUAUGUUCCCCAGUGGUUCCUGAAUUAUGGCGAAAACGACAAGGAAUGGCAACAAACUGUUCUUCAAUACGUCAAAGACCAGAAUGGGCUCGAGACGUACACACAAGAUACUGAAAACGCCUUUGUGGCCAACCUUGAGUGGUUGAACCAGUGGGCAUGCGCAAGAACCUAUGGUCUUGGAUCCAAAUUGCCAUGGGAUCCCACUUUCCUGGUCGAAUCUCUCAGCGACUCGACAAUUUACAUGUCCUACUACACCAUCGCACACUAUCUACAUGGAGAUCGAUUUGGCAAGACCCCUGGCCUCCUUAACAUCAAGCCAGAACAAGUCACAGACGAGUUUUGGGAUUAUGUCUUCACUCGAACAUCUGAUGGAGACAAUGUCUCGAAAUCGACCGGUAUUCCCGAAGCAGACCUUGCUACCCUCCGCCGCUCCUUUGAAUACUGGUAUCCACUCGACAUGCGUUCUUCAGGCAAAGAUCUUAUCCCCAACCAUCUCACAUUCUUCCUCUACAUCCACUUGGCCUUAUUCCCACGCGAAUAUUGGCCACGCUCUGUUCGUUCCAAUGGCCAUCUUCUCCUCAACGGCGAGAAAAUGAGUAAAUCAACUGGCAACUUCCUUACUCUCAGCCAAGCAGUGAAAAAGUUUGGUGCUGAUGCCACCAGAAUAGCCCUUGCAGAUGCUGGUGAUGGAAUGGAAGACGCAAACUUUGAAGAGAAGGGUGCUAACGCUGCCAUCAUGCGCAUGUAUACUCUGAAGGAAUGGAUUGAGGAGACUCUCAAGAGCGACAACCUCCGCUCUACCCAAGGUGACAUUCUGUGGGAUAAGCUGUUCGAGGACGAAAUGAACCAGCUUGUCCAUGAGACAUAUCAGCAUUAUUCCGACACAAAUUACAAACUUGCACUCAAAUCAGGCCUGUACGACUUCCAAUCCGCACGUGAUUUCUAUCGUGAAGCCUGCAUUUCCAGCGGUACACCCAUGUCUCGCCCCCUCAUCCUUCGCUAUGUCGAGCUUCAAUCAAUCCUGGUCGCCACCAUUGCUCCCCAUUGGGCGGAAUACAUGUGGCUCGAAGUUCUACAUAAAGACACAUCGAUUCAACUCGCUCGCUGGCCGUCCAACAUUCCCCAAGCCGACGCAGCUCUCACCGCAACUCGCGAAUACGUCAAGAACACAUCUUCCCAAAUCACCAGUUCCGAAGCCCAAGCCGCCAAGCGAAUGGCCAAAGGAAAAGCCGCGAGCUUCGACCCACGCAAACCGAAACGCAUCACCGUCUUCGUUGCUAGCAACUAUCCAGCCUGGCAGGACAAGUACAUCGACCUUGUGCGCGACCUGUUGGCCAAAUCAUCCCUUGAAGACGACAAGGCCGUUAAUGGCCAAGUCGCUAAAUUAGGCAAAGGCCCCGAAGUCAAGAAAGCCAUGCCGUUCGUUCAAGCUCUGAGAAAACGUAUCGUUGUGAAUGGUGAGGCGCCAGAGUCGGUGUUUGAGAGGAAACUCUUGUUUGAUGAGGAGAGCGUUUUGAAGGAAAUGAAGAGUGGAUUGCAAAAGACUACCGGAUGUAAGGAGGUGGUGAUUGUUCUGGUCACGGAUGAGAAUAGGGCUGGUCUUCCUGGUGUCGCAGAGACGGCUAUUCCAGGGAACCCGAGCUUUAUGUUUGAGAAUAUCGAGGCAUGAACAUCCCAUAAACAAGGGAUGGAGAUGUUUGAUGAUGGGGGAAUACGAGCUACAAUUUAGAAAGGGGAUUGCCGUUUUGAAGUUGUAUGUAUGAGAGUCAAAACCCGCGAUGCAAUGCCAGAUGCCAUAGAUGAAUGGCCUUUAGGUAUCCAACACAAGAUCUGUGAUGGUCCUGUUUGGGACUCAAAAUCAACCUCAUGACACAAUAAG